UCACUAUGGAAAACUCUCAACCAUUAGCCACAGAGAGUUUCUCCUACAGCUGGUUGACAGUCACAGACAGAAAACCAUCUCCCUCCGACAGCCUCCGACCGAAACUCCCUGACAGAGAACAGAACAACUUCAACUUCGACGUUCCUGUCUCAACACCAUCUACAGCCCUCGUUCACGCCGACGAGAUCUUCUCCGACGGCCAAAUCUUGCCGCUUUACGUCGACGGAUCAUCUAACGUCGCCGUGGACACCACGAGCAUUCCAGCUUCUUCUCCCGCCUGCCAUGUGUGUUCGAAUUCGAUGUCGUCUCCUCCUAGAACAUCAUUUUUUGAUAAAAACAAACAUUUCUUGUACGAGAUAAAAUGGAUCGUCAGAUCAAAUUCACCAACAAGAAUCUUGCACAAGUGUCUGAAAGUAGUUGUCAGGCAGUUGUGUAAGGGAGUAGGGUGCUCGAGGAAGAGCAGCCGAGUCGAUGAUGUUGAACGGAAGGCGUUCGAAGUCCGAAGCUGGCGGAGUUAUAAUAGUUCUCCUGAUCAGGCAUCGCCAAAAUCCAGUUCAGCUAAUUAUUCAGUGGUUGAUAUGAAGAAAACAGGCGGCGACGACGUCUAUCGUGGAUCGGGAGACGUCGUCCAGCGUUGGAGGAGUUCGCCGGCACAAGCUUCGCCGAGUUUAAGCCCUUCCCGUUCUAGUAAUGUUUGGUUCGAUGCUGAGAAUCCAAUCCAUGAGGCUAUUCUCUAUUGCAAGAGAUCAAUAGAAAAAUAAAGGGGUGCGGUUUUGGAGUAGACGAAAGAAGAGCGGAAAGGAGAUGAUUAAAAGGUUUGCAGAAAUGCAUGGCAAAGUUGUUGGACAAUGCAUGCAUAUUCUUGAAUUGUACUUACCAAUGGUUGGGAUCCAGAUUUUGAGUAAUCUACACCAUACAUUACGUACGUGGGAUUCGUCGAUAUAUAUAUAUAUAUAGAACUUGUUUACA